AUGGAUUUAUUAUAAGACCCUAAAGGGGAUAGACAAGUAGAUACGAUACCCACUCCACCUCAUAGACCAUUAAGCGAAGAGUUACUUUUCAUAGAUGAGAAGCCUAACUGGAAACUUUUGAAGGAACAUCUUUUCAAGGAAGGAAGAAUAACAAAAAGCUAGUUAAUGAAAUUAGUUGAUAUGUGCAAUUACCAUUUAAAAAAUGAAGGUAAUGUUAUAUAUGUCGAUGAUCCUCUAACUGUCGUGGGGGAUAUUCAUGGAUAAUACUAUGAUUUAAUCAAAGUACUAGAAAUGGGAGGUGAUCCAGAAUAAGGCAAAUAUGUAUGA